CUCCCCUUGCCUCUCCUGCUCCAUUGGAUUCUUCAGUCAGCGGACUGGAACUGUAGCGGCUGCUGCUCAACCCGAGGGGGAGAGCAAGAAGAAGAAAGAGGAGAGCAAGAAGAAGAGAAGGAGGAGAAGAGAAGGAGAAGGAGGAGAGAAGAGAAGAGAGGAGAGGAGAGAGGGAGUGGAGGGUAGGAGACGUCGCGUUGGUGUCUGGGUUAGACAGCUCUGUCGUUUCCACACAAUCACAGAGGAGAGGCAGUGAGGAAGAGCUAGACACAGCGAGAGAGCGAGAGAGCAAGAGAGAGAGAGAACGACAGAGGGGGGCAGAGAAACAGAGUUAGUGAGUGAGUGAGUGAGUGAGAGAACAAGAGAGAGGGAGCGAACGAGAGAGUGAGAGAGAAAGCUCAGCAGGAGAGAAGAGGUAGACAUGUCAGAGGAUGUGGUUUUCCUGAGCUUGCAGUACAUCGCACAGGCAUACUUUGAGCAUGACCUAAACAAGAGCACGCCAAAAAGAAGUGUGCUUGCUGCUGCCUUCCGUUCGCUCGCUGCAAAAGAAGCCAACCUCAGUGGGAGAGAAGAGAGAGAGACAGACAGAGAAGAGGGGAGCCCGUGCAACUGAUCCCUUUGGAUUUUAGUGCCUGAUCGUGUCUUUAAUAUUUCUUGUUCUGGCCAUCCGUCAUUUUUUGUUGCCUCGCUGCCAGAAACUCUCCGGUCUUAUCAGUGCCUCUCGUGCUCCUGGCAGGAAGGGGGUUUUUUUUGGUUCGGAGGGGAUUUUGUUAGCUGUCACCUCUGUGCCGCGUGCGUGUGUGUGUGUGUGUGCUGUGCCUUGCUGUGCUGUGCUGUUCCACACCGCGCUCCUGUCACUCCCGUUUCAUGCCUCUCUCCGGCUGUUGCGCCGGUUGGCUUGCCCACUCCUGAUCUCUCUCUCUCUCUCUCUCCGUGGCUCAAGUUUUGAGGAGGAGGCAUUUGUCACCACUUUCACAACAGGCCCAGACGGUCUCCAGGGGGGGUUGUGUAGCGCUGCGCUGUGUUGCGAUGGGCUGUGGUCUGCGUAAGCUGCGGCAGGCGGAGGAUGGCAGCCCGGGGAAGAUCUACUCCACCCUCAAGAGGCCGCAGGUGGAGACCAAGAUAGGCGUAGCCUACACCUACCGACACCUCGACUUCCUGGUGGGAAAGGACGAUGGGACGUCCACCCUGCAGGUGUCGUCGGUGCGUGAGCUGCCUGCCCAGGUGCUGGAGCUGUACCAGCAGGGCUUCGUGCUGGCCGCCGUGCACCCCUUCGUGCACCCCUGCGGCCCGGAGCCGGCCCGCGUCCAGAGGCAGCUCUACCGCGCCGUGCUGGUCCGCCUCGCUGACAGUGUGGACAAGGGCCAGUCGGAGUUUGAGCCAUGCAGCCUGAGACUGGAGGAGUGUCUGUCUGCCGAGCGCUACCCCAGCACCGAGCACAUCCAGGGAUAUGUCAAGAAACAGAUCCAGGAUGCUGCGGAUCAGGGCAUCAUGUUCGUGGGCUUCAUCCAGGAGCCGGGCCGGGUGCGCGCCCACCACCUCCACCACCUGCACGGCCUGGGAGACCCGGAGGAGCCCUCCCUCUCCCUGCACUCCAGCCCCAGCUCCCUUCACAGCUCUGGGCUGUGCCAGACGCCCAGUCCCCUGCACCACUCGGAAGGGGAGGGGGACAAGUCCGGUGCCUUGUCACCUGCGUCGCUGAACGGGGCGAUCGAGGAGCCCGGCAAGGAGGGGGGCCGAGGGGGUAAUGAUGACACUGGUGACGUGGUGACGGAGGAGGGGUCUUCGGUUCCGGCGUCCCCGUCCUCGCGCAUCUCCGACCUGGAGUCCCCCACACACAACAACAACGACACGAAGGCGUCGCAAAGGACCAACAAACUGGGAUCAGCCAGGAAUGGAGGCAUGGAGCUGUUUGCCCUUUACAACCAGCCGUGUAGCCGCGAUGGCCAGGUGAAGUACUACACGGUGAAGGUGCCCCUGAGGGUGGCGGGGCUGGAGGAGGGCGAGGGGGGCGUGCCCAGCGUGGAGGCCAACUGGCUCGACCACAUGACUCAGCACUUCAACAACGGAGCCUCGCUCGUCGACGGAUACUUUCACCUGAGCGAUGUUGCUAAUGACUCUCUGCCCAAGUCGGUGGACAGCGUCUUCAUUUUCCAAGAGGGCCUGGAGGGAGACUCCAGCUCGUCUCUGGCCUACGACGCCAUUGUGGUGGAGCAGUGGACCAUCAUUGAUGGUGUGCAGGUGAAGACGGAUUACAUCCCCCUGCUGCAAUCGCUGGCCAUGUAUGGAUGGAGGCUGACCUGUGUCCUGCCCACCCCCAUGGUCAAGACCAACAGUGAUGGAAGCCUGUGCACCAAGCAGAUCGUUUUUCUCCAGAGGCCUGUCCUACCACGCAAGAAGAGAGAGGCUAAGAAACUCAUCUUCAAAACGCGGAACAAGUCCAACAAGAACUCCGUCAAAGACGCGCCAAAGGGCAAGAGCAAGAAGAAAGACGCGGUGCAGGCAGACGGACGCGACUUGGACGAUCAGAAGAUCUCUGACAUCGCCGCCGAGAAGGUGAUCAGAGUGGGAGAGCAAGAAGGUGAAGACGAAGAGGAGGAGAAGGAGGAGAGGAAGGGACAGCACAGAGAAGAGAGAGGGAAGAGCACAGAGUUAGACGAGGAGAUUAAGCAGACGACGAGAGCUCAGGCCCAGGCGAGAGAGGCAGAGGAGGAUGAAGGGGGGAUAGAAACUGUUGGAAGAGAGAUAGAGCAAGAAGAUGAUGAAGGCGAUGAGGAAACGGCAGGAGGAGAGGCUGAACAGAGAUGGAGGGAAGCAGAGGAAGGUGGCGAGAGGAACGACAGCAGAGCGAGCAGCUCUGAACCACAGAUGAACGGACAGGCAGAGAAAGCGUCAGAGCACACAGGCGAAGUAGAAGAGAAAGAGAAAGAGGAGGAGGAGGAGGAGGGGAACGAGGGAGAGGAAGAGAUGAAAAAGGAGGGAGGACAGAGCAGCACAGCAGAGGUAAGCAAUGGCAGCGAUCUCUGCACGCAGGUCAGAGAGGCGGAGUCGGACCUGGACAAAGCAGAGUUGGUCGCCAUGCACCUGCAAGGGACGCUGACCAAUGGGAGCGUUGGGGAGGGGACAGAGAGGGAAGACAAAACGGAGGUGGCGGAAUAGAGACUCACUAUCCCACACCGGCCGUGCAAGACAUCAGUUACACUGACUUCAAGCCUAAACACCCCCUACCGUACCUGCCUAGCCUAUCCACCAACCGCCCUGCUCACCCAACUCCCAGGAAGGGCUGGUUGGUCUAUUUCUUGUCUCCCUGUGCGUCAUCCCACUGGACGAGCCUUCUACGAGUUAAUGGCACCUUUUCCGCUGCUUUGUCCUACUUUGUUCCUUCUCCCUCCCUCCUUCCCCAAAUCCUUUUUUUUUCUCUUCUUUUCAGCCUGCCGCCAGAUAGUCGUCCACGGCAGCGCCUGCCUCAAAUUAGCCCUCCCGUUUAAAUACUGUCUCGUUUUCACCUCGCUGCCACUCUCACUUCGCAUCUGCUGAGGAGGAACUGUGUGUAUAGUAUACACACUGAUAGAGAAGGAGGGAGGUGGGAGGCUUGAGGGCAAUGGAAGGGCUGUUAUCACACCCCCACUGGAUAUUAAAAACACAUGGCUUAGAUAUACUUUGUGGACUAAAGGGGUGGCCCUGAGACUAACAAGAUGGACUCACUGACUCACACAUUCCUCCUUCCUGAGUGCCCUCCUCCUCCUCCUCCUCCUCCUCCACACCCAUCCUCAGCCCCAGGCCCACCACUGUACAGUAUUACUGUCCAAGUUCCUUCAUCAAGAGGGCACAACAGGGAGAGAAAACACAGCGGGAAAAGGAAAUGGCUACCGUUGCGAAAGGCAAUCCAUUGUGAACCAGAUGGCAUACUGAUGAACGUCUUUGUAAAGGAGUUGGUCUUUUUGUUUCCCUCUCUCUCUCUCUCUCUCUCUCUCUCUCUCUCUCUCUCUCUCUCUCUCUCUCUCUCUCUCUCUCUCUCUCUCUCUCUCUCUCUCCCCUGUUUACGUUUUCUGAUAGACUUUGCUCAAUUCUGAAAUUGAAAUGGAGGAAUGUCACUGUUUUUCUCAGCAUUAUAUUCUCUCAAGUGUAUUCUCUAAAAACAUAAGAAUGUAUAUUCAGCACUUUUGUGUGUUGAAGCCAAUACACUUGGUUGAGGUGUUGAGAUACGAAGAAAAUAAUGUCUUUUCCAAGGAGAGCAAAAAGUAUUAUGGAGGUGAAAGAAAUAUGGUUAAGGGUCUAUUUUCACAGACCAUGAAGCGUCUGUAGUCACCAACCACCAUCUGAGUUCAAAGGACCUGAGGGUCUUCAUACAUUCUGGGUGGAGUUCAUCAAAAUACAACAAAGUCUUAGACAAGUCAGCACUGAUAACAUUUUAAAAACAGAUCAGAUCUGUUAGUCUACUGCUGGUUCAUUUUUCUCAUACAUACACAGGAAAAGAGUAGACCUUUGGGUUUUGCUGAGAUGUCUUUUUUUGUAAAAGUUUCUGUGAGUUUCCAGUGGUAAUGUUGUACAUGUGUUUUUCUCUUGAUUUUUUUUUAAAGCUUUUUAAUUGGUGUGACCUGUUAGCUGGCUAAUGGGACUAGACAUAUCCAUUCUCGCUCAAAAUGAUCUUUUUUUAGGGGCAUGUAGAUUCGAUGACUUGGACAAAAACAAUACUUCAAUAAAAAGCAACACUCGUUUAUGAUGACUAGUUGUAUUCGGUACAGCUUAAUGAUUAGUCUUAUUAUUAUACCUCAGACCUCUGCGUUGGUUUGUGCACAGGCAAAGUAGGCCGAGGAAAAACAUGACUCACUAAAGACCUGGCUCCAGUCCACACUUAAGAUCUUUUAUUUUUAUCUCCCACUGCCACCUCACCCCAUACCGCCCUCCCCAACCCAAGACCUCACUGUUUCUCUUCAGAGUUAUUUCCUUAGACAUACAGUCAGGGCCGCUGACAGCGUUGGCCGGGCCCAGGACAAUCUCAUCUGAAAGGCCCCCCACCCAAUAAAUACAACACAAUGAGGACCCAAUUCUGGGCCCCCUCUUCUCCUGAGCCCGGGAGCUUUGUCCCCUCUUCUGUUGGCUUCUCUGCAUACAUACAUACAGUGCCAUGCUGUAAAUCGCUCGUCGCCAGGAGUCGGAAUGUCCAGCCGCAGUCUAACACUUCAAAAGGAGUGCUGAUGAUGUCGAACCAAAGCUUGUUUGUGUCCGCUCGCUCGCUCACUCACUCGGCUGCACAGACUGCUGAGCGUGUAGAUUAUUUCCCAAGGCCACCAUUCUAAAAGGUGUGAUGUGUGACAUCAUGGGUGCCACGGUGCAGUGCAGUGCGUGGGCUAUACAGCCUGCUGACAGAUCCAGGGAUGGAGGGGGAACUUUGGGCUACUGAGUUACUGUGUGCAAUGGGAGGUUGUUUUUUGAGGCACAGCAGCAUCCUGCCCCACUCCAACCCCCACCUGCCCUACUAUAACCCUCCCUGUCCUAACUCCCACAGGUCACUGGUGGCAGAGCGGCCUAUUGCCCCUCUGUAGGAGUAGGGUGGUUGACUGGGUGGAUGAAGGGGGGGGUGAUGGGGGUCAUGAGAUCCACUAUUACGGCCAACGCAGGUCUUGUGGAGCUCCGGGCGUAAUGGCUUUUCCAUCGCCUGCCCUGAUAGAGGUCUCAUCUAGACUCCCACUCACAGACCCUGAGGAUGUCAGAUUGCACCCACGCUGUAGAGAGCGCCAAUCGAUCCCAGAGUCCUAUGUGGAAAACAAAGAUAUCUAUAUAUAUAUACUAUAAUAUAUGAACUCAUAUCGUUUUCUGUCUGUGUUGUCUUUUUUUUCAUUAUUAUUUCCACCGCGAUUCCUCACUCUCAUUUCACACUCGGUGGAAGGUGGUAGGGUUGAGUGGUAAUAAUAAAGAUUUCUGCCAAGUGUUUUUUUUUUCUUCUUUGUUCGUCCAAGUUGAAGCUGACAGUGCUUUGAAGUUCUAUCCCGUGUGCUCCACCCCGAUGUUCAUGUUUCUUGUUGCCUCGAUCUGCUUCUGUGCUCUGGAAGGAAGGGGGUGUUAAAACUGAUUUGUUUGUCUCCAGUCAGAUAUUAAUUUCCUUUUGUGUAGCCGGUGCGCCUUCAGUCGCCUCCCUUCUCCCCUCUCUCUCUCUCUCUCUCUCUCUCUUUCUCUGUCUCUCUCUCCCUAAUCCUUGUCUGAGCCUGCUUCAUAUUCCUGACAUAUUUUUCUUGUUUCUUUGUCUCUGCGCUGCUUGGUGAACCGUGUGGUCUUGUGCUGUCGUGCAGAAAACAGGCUCCUCUGGACAACAUAUUGUGGGUUUUUUUGGGGGGGGGUUUUGGUUGUUUUCUUUAUUUGGUGAGGAUGGGGGACAGGAAGGGAACACAACGAGUGUGGAGAUGGUAUAGAAUAGAGUGAUGCAUCCAAAAUGUGCACUCAUUUGCUAUAGAGUGUAGUGCACCAUGUUGUGAGGAAAGCCAUGAAAUACAGGCCCUAUACUGUGUUUAGAGUUAAGUUGCAAAACCCUCAAAAAGCCACUACAAAUCUGUACGAAUUAUUUUUUUUAAAGUGUUUUCCUUGAAUAAUCUGUGUAUUGGUCUAUUGGUCUGUAUGGGUACCAAUGUUCCAUGGUAACUGGUAACUGAUUGGGAGUAGAGUACACACAGUGCAGGAAAAAUAUCUUGGUAAAAUGGUAAUAUUGUUAUCUGUACAUGGGCAGUGGAAAUGUACGUUGGGUGGGCCGAUGACACAAGAGAGGAUGUUACUAAUGACUAAUGAGGACCAUUCAUCUACAUUCCCCCUUAUCUGACAAAUGAUUAGACCCAAAGUCCACAAAUACACAAACUGUGUGUGUGUGUGUGUGUGUGUGUGUGUGUGUGUGUGUGUGUGUGUGCGUGCGUGCGUGCGUGCGUGCGUGUGUGAUAAUGUCUGUGUGAAUGUUUGUUUUCAUGUUGUUCAUGUGUGCGUAUGCAUGCCUAAGUGUGACUGUGUGUGUGUGUGUGUGCAAAUGCAUAUGCGUGGGUGUGUGUGUAUUUUUAUCAUUGAGGGGGAUCACCUGGGUCUGUUCAUUCCCCCUGGCGAUGGCCAAUCGCAGGAUAACUGAUGACUAUAGUGGCGAGUUUAGAGGAGAGGAAAAAACAAGCGGGCUGUUCGCUCUCUCUUCUGAAGUAAUAACCCACAGAUAUAGUGUAUGUGAAGCGAUAGAAGAGUAAAACCGAGACCCUAGCACUUCAUCAACUAAACGAUGCAGAACCGUGUUUGUGUGUACCCUCUCUGUAAUGGCGGCGGGGCUAACCUGUGAGUAAUGCCGAACUCCCACAAGCAUUGUCUGGAACACUGUAUCCCCCUUUCAUGUACAAAGACAAACUCACCAAUUCUGUCUGCAUCAUCACCAUGUUCCAUGUCUCCAGCGCAGCGGAGGCAGUGAAAUUGUUCUUGUUAAUAAUGAACGGUUAAUAAUGUCCUUCAGACUCCAUUUCCUGCGUUUCCUUUCUCUUCUUCCUGUCUCUCCUGAUUGUUGUGGGGGCUUAACUGACGGGCCUAACUGAUUGAGGAUGACAGUGGAAUGUUAUUAAGUAUUUAAUAUAAUUUUUUUGCUAAAAUGGGCUCUUUUCUCUCUUUCUCUCUCUCUUUCUCGCUCUCUCUCUCUCGCUCUCGUUUGCUUGUGUUCAUUAUGAAGUUCUCCAUUUUUGAAAGUUGCUUCUUUUAAUUGUCAGCAGCAGCAGCAGCUGUACCGCCAAUUGUAAAGCAUAACCAUGUUGUUUGUAUGACAAAAAACAAAGUGACAUAAUGUGUAUGGCAUCUGUACAAUUUGUAUAUUAUAAAUAUGAUUUAUAUUUGA